AUGUGGUGCAAGAAAGGCGAAUACUCUGCUGUGGCGAAGCUUUUCUUCCAAAAUCCCGAGGAAAGCGUGAAGUCACUCUUCCACAGCCCCAUAAAUUCAUUUCGACCGUGGACUUUAAUGAUUUUUUCGGUUGAAUAUUACAUACUUACAUUAUGGACGUUUGCUCUACCAGUACCUGCUGGUGUUUUUAUUCCUGCUAUUCUAACUGGAGCGGCUUGGGGUCGUCUCUUUGGCAUUGGCGUUGGUCACGCUUUUCCAGCUAUUACAGGAAUUGAUCCUGGAAAAUACGCACUGGUUGGAGCCGCUGCUCAGUUGGGAGGCAUAGUACGGAUGACGAUAUCUCUCACAGCUAUAAUAAUGGAAGCAACCAAGGUGCUCUUCUGUCUUUGCCAUUGA